AGUGCCCUUAAUUUGUUGCUUUUAUUUUCCCUUGCGCCGCACAGCAGUUUGGGAGUUCACAGUCCUGAGCAACAAAGAGAAGUGUGUUUUGCUGCUGCAGCUGCACGCUCACCCAAUAAGACUCUAGAAAUGAAGGGUGCCCCCACCACCACAACCUUCUCUUCCGACGACGUCGUUCUCAAAUCCCCAAACGACAGUCGUUUAUACCGUCUCAUCCAUCUCCAAAACGGCCUUCGUGCUUUGCUCGUUCACGAUCCCGAGAUUUACGCUGAAGGCCCUCCCAAACCUGUUCCAAUCGACAAUGAAGAAGAAGAAGAAGAAGAAGAAGAAGAAGAUGAUGAUGAUGAUGAUGAAGACGAAGAUGAUGAUGAUGAAGACGAAGAUGAUGAUGAUGAUGAAGAAGAAGAAGAAGAGGGAAGCGAAGAAGGGGAUGAUGAAAUAGAAGUAGAAGCAGAAGGAAAAGAAGGGGCCAAGGGUGCUGUUGCUCAAAGCAAAAAGGCUGCAGCGGCCAUGUGUGUAGGAAUUGGCAGCUUCUCUGACCCGUUUGAAGCGCAGGGACUAGCACAUUUUUUAGAACACAUGCUGUUCAUGGGGAGUAAUGAAUUUCCAGAUGAAAAUGAGUAUGAUAGCUAUUUGUCCAAGCAUGGUGGCUCAUCAAAUGCAUACACAGAUACUGAAUAUACCUGCUACCAUUUCGAAGUGAAGCGAGAGUUUCUGAUGGGUGCCUUGAGAAGAUUUUCUCAGUUCUUUAUUUCUCCUCUUGUGAAAAUGGAGGCCAUGGAGCGAGAAGUACUUGCAGUAGAUUCAGAAUUCAACCAGGUUUUACAAAGUGAUGCUUGCCGUCUUCAACAACUCCAGUGCCAUACUUCUGCACUUGGUCAUCCCUUAAAUAAAUUCUUUUGGGGGAAUAAAAAGAGCCUGGUUGAUGCAAUGGAGAAGGGUAUUAAUUUGCGGGAGCAAAUAUUGAAACUAUACAAGGAUUAUUACCAUGGUGGAUUAAUGAAGCUGGUUGUUAUUGGUGGAGAGUCUCUGGAUGUGCUUGAGAGCUGGAUUGUGGAACUGUUUGGUGCUGUCAAAAAUGGUCCUCAAGUAAACCCAGAGUUCAGAGUGGAAGGUCCUAUCUGGAAAUCUGGUAAAGUUUAUCGGCUAGAAGCUGUCAAAGAUGUUCAUAUCCUUGACUUAUCAUGGACCCUGCCCUGUUUACACCAGGAGUAUUUAAAGAAACCAGAGGAUUAUUUAGCUCAUCUCCUUGGGCAUGAGGGCAGGGGAAGCUUGCUUUCCUUUCUCAAGGCUAGAGGGUGGGCUACAUCUUUAUCUGCUGGUGUUGGGGAUGAAGGACUUUAUCGGUCAUCUAUAGCUUAUAUCUUUGUCAUGUCCGUACACCUCACUGACUCUGGUGUAGAAAAGAUCUUUGAUAUCAUUGGCUUUGUUUAUCAAUACCUUAAUUUGCUGCGUCAAGUUUCUCCACAAGAACGGAUAUUUAAGGAACUUCAGAGUAUUGGAAACAUGGAAUUCAGAUUUGCAGAAGAGCAGCCCCAAGAUGAUUAUGCUGCAGAGCUUGCAGAAAAUUUGCACUUUUAUCCAUCAGAGCAUGUCAUUUAUGGUGAUUAUGUGUACAAGACAUGGGAUGAGAAGUUAAUCGAACAAAUUCUUGGUUUCUUCAUUCCCGAAAACAUGAGGGUAGAUGUCGUUUCUAAGUUGUUCCUUAAGCAAGAAGACUUCCAAUAUGAACCUUGGUUUGGUUCACGUUAUGUUGAAGAAGAUAUUCCUCAAAACUUGAUGGAGUUAUGGAGAAAUCCUCCAGAAAUUGAUGCCUUGCUGCAUCUUCCGUCCAAGAAUGAGUUUAUUCCAAGUGACUUUUCCAUAUGUGCUGGCGACACAAGCAUUUCUGAUUUUGCAAAUUCAACCCCUCCUAGAUGUAUAGUUGAUGAAGCAUUGAUAAAAUUCUGGUACAAGCUGGAUAGUACUUUCAAAGUUCCUCGUGCCAAUACAUAUUUUCGAAUUAACUUGAAGGGUGGAUAUGAUAACGUGAAGAGUUGUGUACUGUCUGAAUUGUUCAUUCUCCUUCUUAAGGAUGAGCUGAAUGAAAUCAUAUAUCAGGCCAGUAUUGCCAAGUUAGAAACUUCUGUCUCAUAUGUUGGUGACAUGCUAGAGCUAAAGGUAUAUGGUUUCAAUGAGAAGCUUCCUGUUCUCCUAUCUAAGGUGUUGUCAGUAGCUAGAUCUUUUAUGCCAACUGAUGAUCGAUAUAAGGUAAUAAAAGAAGACAUGAAGAGAUCUUUAAAGAACGCCAACAUGAAGCCUCUAAGCCAUUCAGCAUAUUUGAGAUUGCAAGUUUUGUGUCAAACUUUUUAUGAUGUUGAUGAGAAGCUGCAUUAUUUAAAUGAUCUGUUUCUUGAUGAUCUGAAGGCAUUUAUCCCUGAGCUUCGCUCCCAGCUAUACAUUGAGGGUCUGUGUCAUGGAAAUCUGUCAGAAGAAGAAGCAAUUAGCAUAUCAAAUAUAUUUAAGAUGAAUUUUCCAGUAAAUGCACUCCCUAUUGAGUUGAGGCAUGCUGAACGUGUUAUUUCCCUCCCAACCAGUGCCAAUUUAGUUAGGGAUGUCAGUGUGAAGAACAAGUUGGAAAACAACUCUGUGGUUGAGCUUUAUUUUCAAAUUGAGCAAGAUUCUGGUAUGGGAUCAACUAAAUUGAAAGCUUUGAUUGAUCUUUUUGAAGAAAUUGUGGAGGAGCCACUUUUUAAUCAGCUGAGGACAAAAGAGCAGCUUGGUUAUGUUGUUGGAUGUGGCCCACGAAUAACAUACCGUGUUUUUGGGUUUUGUUUCUACAUUCAGUCAUCUGAGUAUAACCCAGUUUACUUGCAAGGUAGAAUUGACAACUUCAUCAACGGUUUGGAUGAAUUGUUGGAUGGGCUUGAUGGUGAUUCCUUUGAGAAUUACAAAAAUGGGUUAAUGGCAAAGCUGCUAGAGAAAGAUCCGUCACUCACAUAUGAAAGCAGUAGAUUGUGGAAUCAGAUUGUUGAUAAAAGGUAUAUCUUUGAUAUAUCAAAGAAGGAAGCAGAAGAAUUGGAGAACAUAAGCAAGCAUGAUGUUGUUGAGUGGUACAAGACAUAUUUUAAACAUUCAUCUCCAAAGUGUCGGAGACUACUUGUUCGCGUAUGGGGUUGCAACACAAACUUAAAAGAUGCUGCAGCACUACCCGAAUCUCUGCAGGUCAUCACAGAUUUAGCAGCUUUCAAGAUGCAAUCCAAGUUUUAUCCAAGCUUUUGUUAAAUUUGAAGAUAUAGUAUAUGAUGAACUGUUAAGGUAAGGCUUCAAGAAUCAUUGAAAGCCUUUAUUUCUCAUUUAAUUAUUGUAGGCUGCAGGGGUACCAUCCAUAUUCUUAAAUGAAACAAAAGUUUGAGAAAAAGAAUAUAUAUAUACAGAAUGUGUUAACUGGAAUCAGUUUCAUUGUUGUAAAUUACAUUUAUUUGGAAUUACUCAUUCAUUUUAUCAAUAAGUUAUUG